GUCUUAUCACCUCAAUCAUAAUGACUACGAUUCACCAGGGCACAGAAUUUUUGCGCCAUGCUCCACGGAAACGUACUCGAACAGGUUGCAUUAACUGCAGUAGACGUAGACGGAAAUGCGAUGAGUCAAAGCCGACAUGCACGGGAUGCAGACGACGGGGCGAAAAGUGCCAAUGGCGCGUACUAGGCUCGUUUCGAGAGGCCAAUAUCAAGGUUCUAGAGCCAGGGCAUCCGUCUAUGAACCAGCCGGUUGGCCGGAUUAAUCGGCAAAGUAAAUUCAAGAUAUUAAACGUUGAUCCUCCAUCGACCCGAAAGGAGCGUGCUCGUAAGGAGUCUGAAAGAGCGCCAUCGGCACAGCUCCAGCGGGGGACAGAACAGGAGGGUUCAGCACCUUCGCCGCUACCUGUUAGUUAUCCGGAUCAUAGUCAGGCCCAACUACCCCAGCCCGACUAUAAUCCGUGUGACAAUCAGGGUUUGUCCCCUUCUAUAUCUAGCAAUGCCUCCUUCUAUCCGUCUAGGGAGAUUCGCGGCCACGAGGGCGAGAGAGGCCGCAACGAUGACACUGCCAACGAAGCUCCACAUCACUACCCCCAGGAAGCUUCGUCUCACCAUCCGUAUAUGCACUCCAGCCCAGAGUUUGUUGCUGAGCUUACCGCGCCGCGAAACUUCUCCGGCAGUGCGACAUCCUUCCCGGCAACGGCCCCCGAGCCUUACCAGGGAAUCGCCUCGCCUCUCUUUGACCACAGCGUCUUCUCCGACCCAGUUAACUUUGCUAACGAUGUGUUUCUUCCCGGGUCUGCCUACGAGGCGCUUCAUACCGCGCUGCGGAACCGACAGCUCUGGACGGCCCGGCCAGACAUUCCUAGUCGGUGUAGUUCGCCAGCAUCGGUUAGAGAAUUUGGUGCAGUGUCCCCCCAUGAGUUGCAGAUGAAUCAGGGAGAUAACUACUCAAGAUUGAGGCGAUACUUUGAGCUCUCGCCGGCUCGAGAAAAUGUGCUGUGGCAGAACUAUCUCAACGAAAUUUGUCUAUGGCUCGACAUGUUCGAUAACCACCGUCACUUUGCUUCAACAUUCCCCCAGAUGGCUAAAACCUGCCCCCAUCUGCGCUAUUCUAUCCUAGCCUUAUCGGCACGCCAGAUAGAGCGGAAGCAGAAUAAGGAGUCCCAAUCAGAGAGUCUUUCCCUGUACCAGGAAGCAAUUCACCUCCUCCUCCCCGAACUAGAGAGCAAAACAACACCAGUCAUAGCAUCCUGCGUGAUUUUAUGCGUUUUGGAAAUGCUCAGCUGCAACCCCAAAGAAUGGCGUCGACAUCUGGACGGAUGCGCAUUCCUCAUCCAGGCAGCCGAGAUCCACGGAUUCUCGGGAAAAGAGGAACAGGCCCUAUUCUGGUGCUUUGCAAGAAUGGAUGUCUGCGGUGGUCUCAUCUCUGAAGAAGAAACCAUCAUCCCCAUCCACCAUUGGAUCCCCAAGGACAUGAGUCCAGCGGAGGUUUCCCAGCUCUUUCUAGCCUCCAACUUAUCCGCCUUCGACACGUACGCAAACUACACUGUGUACCUAUGCGCACAGACACUGGGCGUUCUCUUUCAUCCCAAUUCCCAGCUACCUCCAUCAUGUGUAUCGUGUCGAUAUCUUGGAAGCCCAGAUGACCGAGACACCUACGUGCACCGGUGGAAGCGACUUUUUGAUAGCGUGGAAGAGUGGUACGAUAACCGACCGAACCAGAUGAAGUCCAUCUUCACGAUACCGGCCACAGCAGGAACUGGGCAAGAGAGACCGUUUCCGACGGUUUUGUACGGGAAUGGAGCUGCUAUCUCUGGGAACCAGUUGUAUCAUACUUGCGCAUUGCUUUUACUUCAGCGGAAGCCGAAGACGCUUUCUCUUUCUGGACGGCCGAAAUCUGUCCUCUGGCAUGCGAGGCAGAUUUGUGCUAUCUCGGCCUCGAAUACCCAUCACGGCUGCUGGACAAACGCCCUCCAGCCACUUUGGCUCGCCGGGAAAGCCAUGUCUCACCACUCCGAACAUACGGCUAUCAUCGAAACGCUGACUCGCAUCGAGCGAGAGACCGGAUGGGCGACAAUGUGGAGAGUAGAAGAUCUGAAGGACUUUUGGGGCGAAGAUGACGAAAUGGAGGAAAUGGAGAAUAUGAGAGUGGAGAUAGAAGGCGACGCAAGACUACAAACACCACGGGGCAUCCGAAGCCAAUAGGGCUGUAACUGUUGCAUAUCUAACGAAGUAGAUGACGCAACGGGUAUAGACAUUGAUAUAUUCUGAAACAACUCCAGGGCAGACAUAACCCGCUAUAA